UUUUUUUCAAUUUUUUAUGAUCGAACUUUUGUAAAGUUGUCGAACCGUACCUCUGUUAAUACCAUAUUUUAUGUCUUGUCCACGAAAAUAUAAAGAUACCAUAUUCGUCCUAAAAUCAGACCUACAUCGAAGAAAAUUCUUUUCUGAGAAUUCUGCUAAACACUGGAAUUUUGAGGAGUACUCUCGCUACAACCAGGUAGAAGCAGAUUCUUUAAAUUAUGAAACGCUGAAGAUGUGGUUCCAAACUGAUUUAGAUUGGUUAUCCAUGCAUAACUUACCCCGGAGCGUAAAGUCAUACAUAUCAAAAAUAAAAAAGGAUGCACUUCCAAAUAACAGUUGUUCUGGCCCAUCAAGUAGAAGAAUGAUUUUCGAAAAAGCUACCACCCAAUACUCGCAAAUCGUGUCAAAUACAGUUAUCGACGAGGCAAGAGAGUUUUCAGCUCAGGUUUCCGACAGUCAUGGCCGAAGUAAGGAGGAGGAAGGCUGUAAUGUUCAGAGAGACACUGCUACUGAUCACGAAUCCUUUGUUGAGGAAGAACCCAUUGAGCAAGAAUUCGUUGUUGCGGAAGAGAAUGAAGAAAGCCAGCCAGUCCAAGGAAUUGUAGAAAAUGCUCAACCAGAAAUAAAGACGCGUAAAAGAAAGCUAAUAAGUUUAAGAGACACGUUGGACGAGUUGGAAAAUGAGAUAGUUGGAUACGAGAAGCAGUCAAUAAACUCAGUCAUCGAAGAAAAAAUGGAUAUGAAGAAGGAGUUUCUAGAGUUGAAGAAAGAGACGCUGGACAGGUGCAGAAAGGGCCAUGCAAUUAAUAUUGAGUUAGACGUUUGUUCACUGAUGUCUUUAUCAAACAUUUUUGUGGUAACAAGGAUAGCAGAACAGCCCGAUUCAAAAACAGUCCACCUUAGUAAUGAAGCAACAAAAGUCAGACAGGCUUUUUUUUUAGAAAAUUUAUCAGACAUUAGGUUCAAUGACGAUACCUACAAAGCCUUGAAAGCCAUCAUUGAUAAAUACUUGCCAGAAGAGUUCGAAGUGAGCGACGUUGAGUGGGAGAAAGUGGAUUUGGAUUGCAAAAUAGAACUACUACAACUUGCAAAAAAAGCGAAUAUUUAUGAUAGAGCUGGUAUUGAGGCCAUUAUUAACUUUCUCACGUAUUCUAGCAACCAUAAUAUAAAACUUUCAAGUGAAAGCCACCUUGAGAGUAACUUUGUACAUCCCAUCGUAUAUCCAAUUUUCAAGUCGUCUAUUUCUGUUCCACAUAGCUCGAAUAAAUCAAUCUCAAAGCAAAAAGAAUUAGAUCCAAGUAGAAGACCAGACUACGUUUCUGAUUGCCACUACAACCGAGAAUUUGAUUUUACAUCAAUGUUUGGAGAGCUUAAGCAUUUAAAUAGUUAUGAUCAACUAGACUUGUACCGUAUUGCUUAUUUCUGCCAGAAGACAAUGCACGAAAAUGGUUUAAAAAUGUCAAUAGGCUUUCAAACAAAGAGAGACAAAAUGCGCUUUUUUGCUAUGCAAGAACAAUUCGGCAUUGACUUUUUUAUUGAGGUCGCAAAUACUCAUGUUCCUCUUAGAAGAAGCGAUGUUAAAAAUAUGUUGUUGGAUUUGAAUGGGUAUAGCCGAUUAUCCUAUUUACAGAGAAAUUAUUGUAUUUCAGAUGAAAAUUUAAAAGCAAGAAAAAAGCACCCUGUUGUAGACAUGCACUUGUUUAAAACUCUUAUUGCUCAAGACAAAAAGACAAAAAACUAAAUCCCAGCUGGCUCCACCCCGUCUCCCAAUGUGAUAUAUACCCGCGCUUGGUACCUUUCCUUUUGGCAAUCUUUAGUUAGUUCAUUUAUCCCUCCCCUUAAAAUACAAAGGAGUUUAUUUAGUUUUUUAAUUUGUAUAAAAAUUAUCCUUCGCAUUGCUUGA